UGUGAUAUAAAAGGGCCUAACCUAACAUGAAAAAUGGAAUGAAAGAAGAAGAAGAAGAAGAAAAUGAGUGGGGAGAUGAAGUUUGAGGAGGAGCAGAGAAGAUACAUAAAACCCUCCAUAGCCACACCACCACACCUUCAAACCUUCAAACUCUCUUUACUUGACCAGCUUUUCCCAAACAUCCAUGGCAACAUCACCUUCUUUUACCCUCACACCACCACCCACACACUUCCACACUUCUCCACCAAAUCCCAACUCCUUCAAACCUCACUCUCCCAAACCUUGACCCGCUUCUAUCCUCUCGCCGGAAACCUCCAUGACGCCACCACCCUCCACUGCAACGACGCCGGUGCCCUCUUCAUCCAAUCCCAGACCAAUGUCUCUCUCUCCGACAUCCUCAAAGCUCCGAGCUUUAACACCCUCCAAUGUCUCAUCCCCUCCACCGAUAACCAAACCUCAACAAACGCGGCCAUGCUCCUCGUACGCUUCACUUCCUUUAGCUGCGGCGGCACCGCCGUAACCAUUUCUCUCUCCCACAAAAUCGCCGACAUUGCAGCCGUCAUCGCACUCCUCAAAACCUGGACCGCUGCCUGCGCCGGAGAAACCCCCACGAGGGACCCCGAACUCGCCGCCGGCGCCGCGCUCUUCCCUCCGAGAGAGCUUCCCGCAGUGACGGCAUCCGUAAACACCGUGUCGUCGGAGAACUUCACGUCGAGAAGGUUCGUUUUCGAAGCGUCCAAGGUGAAAGCGCUAAAGAAGAGAAUAGGAGAAGGUUGCGCGUUCGAACCUUCGAGGGUGGAGGUGGUGUUGGCUCUCAUAUGGAAAUGCGCUCUCUCGGCUUCUCGCCCGGAAACGGCGUCGUUCAAGCAUUCGGUUUUGUUCCAAGCGGUGAACCUCCGUCCCCGGAUGGAGCCGGCGGUGGCGGACGGAGCCUUGGGGAACUUUGUAUGGCCAUUCGCGGUGACGGUGGAGGAGGAGGAGCAGUUGGAGUUGCAGUUGAUGGUGAAGAGGAUGAGGGAGAGUAUGAAGGAGUUUGUGGAAAGUAAGGCAAAGAGGUUGAAAGAGGAUGGUGGUUUUGGAGUGUUUAUGGAGAGUCUGAAGGAGAGAGGUGAAGUUUUGAAGCAGAACAGCGUUGUUUAUAAGUGUUCGAGUUGGUGCAAGUUUCCACUGGCUGAGGUUGAUUUUGGUUGGGGCGAAGCAGUGUGGGCAUGCAGUGUGAAUAAGAUUGCUAGUAACACCAUUGCUUUGAUGGAUACAAGGGACGGUGGUGUUGAAGCUUUCGUCACUCUCGAUCACCAACACAUGCUUCUCUUUCAACAACAUCACCUUCUUCUACACUACGCUUUGCUUAAUCCCUCUGUUAUGCUCUGACCUUCUCCAUCCAUAUGUAAUAUU